AUUGAUAGUGCCAACGGCUCUGGCUGGUCAAAUGCUGAUGGCGCCGAUGCUUCUGGUGGACUAAACGCCGAUGGCAUCAAUGCCUCUGGCGGGCUGAAAGCUGAUGGCGCCGAUGCCUCUUGCGGGCUGAAGGCCGACGCCAUCGACAUCUCUUGCUGGCCGAAUGUCGAUAGCGCCAACGGCGUUGACUGGUCGAAUGCUGAUAGCGCCGACGGCUCAGGUUGGUCAAAUGCUGAUGGCGCCAAUGCCUCCGGCGGGCUGAAAGCCGAUGGCGCCGAUGGCUCAGGCGGGCUAAGGACUGAUGGCUCCGAUGGCCCUUGCGGGCUGAAGGCCGCUGGCUCUUGCGGGCUGAAGGCCGAUGGCGCCGAUGGCUCUUGCAGGCUGAAGGUCGAUGGCUCUUGCGGGCUGAAGGCCGAUGACGCCGAUGCCUCUUGUGGGCUGAUGGCCGAUGGCGCUGAUGCCUCUGGCGGGCUGAAGGCCGAUGGCGCCGCUGGCUCAGGCGGGCUGAAGGCCGAUGGCGAUGCUGCCUCUGCCGGGCUGAAGGCCGAUGGCGCCGCUGGCUCAUGCGGGCUGAAGGCUGAUGGCUCUGCCUCUGGCGGGCUGAAGGCCGAUGGCGAUGCUGGCUCAGCCGGGCUGAAGGCCGAUGGCGCCGCUGGCUCAUGCGGGCUGAAGGCUGAUGGCUCUUGCGGGCUGAAGGCCGAUGGCGCUGAUGCCUCUGGCGGGCUGAAGGCCGACGCGCUGAUGGCUCAGGCGGGCUGA